AUGGACAUCGCCUCGGGCCCCGAGUCCUUGGAGAGGUGCUUCCCGCGCGGCCCGAACGACUGCGCCAAGAUGCUGGACGGCAUCAAGAUGGAAGAUCACCCGCUGCGCUCGGGUCCGGCCACGCUCGGAGUGUUACUGGGGUCGGAGUGCCCGCACCAGGCCGUGUGCGAAGGCUGCCAGAGGCCCAUCUCGGAUCGCUUUCUGAUGAGGGUGAACGAGUCCUCCUGGCACGAGGAGUGUUUGCAGUGCGCGGUGUGUCAGCAAGCCCUCACCACCAGCUGCUACUUCCGGGACCGAAAGCUCUACUGCAAACAGGACUACCAACAGCUUUUUGCUGCUAAGUGCAGUGGCUGCAUGGAAAAAAUUGCCCCAACAGAAUUCGUGAUGAGAGCCCUGGAGUGCGUUUACCACUUAAGCUGCUUCUGUUGCUGCGUUUGUGAGCGACAGCUGAGAAAAGGGGAUGAGUUUGUUCUUAAGGAAGGGCAGUUGCUCUGUAAAAGUGACUAUGAGAAAGAAAAGGACCUGUUGAGCUCCGUCAGCCCAGAUGAUUCCGACUCAGUUAAAAGUGAUGAUGAAGAUGGAGAUGUUAAGCCCACCAAAGGACAAGUAACACAAGGAAAAGGAAGUGAUGAUGGGAAGGACCCAAGGAGACCUAAACGACCGAGGACAAUACUCACUACACAGCAGAGACGAGCAUUCAAAGCAUCCUUUGAAGUGUCUUCCAAGCCCUGUAGGAAGGUCAGAGAAACUUUAGCAGCUGAAACAGGACUCAGUGUGCGGGUUGUCCAGGUUUGGUUUCAAAACCAAAGAGCAAAGAUGAAAAAACUAGCACGAAGGCACCAGCAGCAGCAGGAGCAACAAAACUCUCAGCGACUAGGGCAAGAAGUAAUGUCUAACCGAAUGGAAGGGAUGAUGACAUCUUACACACCACUUGCACCACCACAGCAGCAGAUUGUAGCAAUGGAUCAAAGCAGUUAUGGCACAGACCCUUUUCAGCAGGGUCUGACCCCUCCACAAAUGCCAGGCGACCACAUGAACCCUUAUGGAAACGACUCCAUUUUUCAUGAUAUCGACAGUGAUACCUCUUUAACUAGCUUGAGCGACUGUUUUCUUGCCUCUUCUGAAGUUAACUCCAUGCAGGCUAGGGUAGGAAACCCCAUUGACAGGCUGUACUCUAUGCAGAGCUCGUAUUUCGCCUCAUGA